AUGACUGUUAGGACCUUGGAGUACUUAAAUAAGCGCACAGAUCUUCGCGGUCUUUGUGUUUCAUGGCUUUUCCAACUUCUUGGAGCCUUUUGUUCUCUUCGCCUUUCCUACUUCUGGUGGGGUCUUCGCCUUUCAAUUCCCCACGAUCACCUUCAAACUCGGCGCGAAAAUAUCCACCAUAUUGCCCGCUUUCGUGACUCUCAAGACUUCCACAAGUUGGGCGACCUUCAAGUCUCUCUUCUCUUUGGCAUUUUUGUCGAGACGGCGGUCGCAUUCUCAGAUAUCAUCCUAACUGCAACUUCAUCUGCCCUGCUAAAUCUCUGGAAACGCCUCCAACAUCAUCGCCUUCAAAACGAUGGUGAAGACUUUCGAAUGGCAGAGUUUGUGCUCUUCACUCUACAACAAUCUACUGCCAUCUAUAUUGUCUAUUUGGGUCUGCCUUUGACUGGCGCCUAUAUGAAUGGGGUGAAUGCAGUGAUUCAAACUUGGGGCCUUGGUCGUGCGUCUAAUCCAUUUUAUCAUAUUACCAUCUACUGGUUUAGUCCACUACUUGGACUGUGGGCAGGAAAGAAAACACUGGAAGUAAUUCAUGCCCUAUUUAAGUUUUGGGAAUGUCGUCUUCAAAUACCUGCGAAUGGUGUCCUAGUCUCGGAAAUCGCUGCCGAAAUUACGGAGAAUUCGCCGAACGCAAGUGAAAAUUGCUAUCGUCGACGUAAUGGUCUUCACUCAAAGUCCUUGCCCAAAAAUCACCCAAACGGAUCGAGUUUGCAUCGGUCUUCUGAGUGUGACACUCUCCUUAGAACUCGCAGGAAAAGCCAUACGGCCACAAACGAUUCUUCAAUGGUCAACUGCGGAAGCAACGAUGAUGAGCUCCGCCAUCGUCGUCAUAAAAGCCUAACGCGAAACGAAAGGGUUCACUUAUAA